AUGAGCGCCUGGACCACGUUGCUGGCGAUGGCCGCCGUCGUGGUCGUCACGGUCGCCGGUAAUUACCCGACGUUCGAGGGCGCCGCCGAGUUUAGGGACAGCUUGAUGGUGCCCGCCGGCGCGCCCGUCGGAUCACUCAUCUAUCGACUAAGGGCUUCCGACCACGACAAGGACUAUCCGCUGUAUUUCCAAGCCACCGAUUUUGGCAGCUAUGUUAUAAAAAUAGAAAAUCUUCCAUGUCCCCCUAACACCACAGCCGGGUGUCAGGCAGACGUGUAUUUGGAUCGAGUCCUGAUUCCAGGUCAGACAUUUCAAUUCAGGAUAACGGUGCGGGACACUAGAGGAGACACCACUACAGUGCCAGUUCGGUUGGUGGCAACCGAAGCUCGGAGUGACGUCGAAACGAUAUUUCCUCACAUUCCUGCAAUCAUUAUCGUGCCAGAGGACGUCAAAGUCAACACUGAACUUGAAUACGUGAUUGUCAAGAAAAAUACUGAAUCACGGAAGUCCGCCAGUAUUGAACUAAGGGGAUCUCCAGAGUUGACCAUAGGUGGGUUGCGCAUGAACAAGGACACGACCACCGGUACGAUAUCGGUGUCCCGGCCGCUGGACUUCGAGACCAGGAACAUGUACCGGCUACAAGUGGUCGCACUGGACAUGUACGUGGAGAUUGGCAAAGAUUCCAGAAACGCGGCGGCGUUCGAGGUCAUCGUGGUCGUGGAAGACGUGCAAGACACGCCGCCGAUAUUCACCCGACUCGAAACAAUAGUGCAUCUGCAUAACAACAUGUCCAUUGGAGAUGUUGUGACUAAAGUGGAGGCAAUAGACGGCGAUAGGGGUCGACCCCGGCGAAUUAAAUACGGUUUGGUUUCGGAAAACAGGCCUUUCACCGUGUUGUUCGAAAUAGGUCUAUUUUCAGGCGAGGUAAAGUUGAAGAGGUCCAUGUCAGAGGUAACUAAAAUAACCGGUGGAAAACAGCCUGCUAUAUUGACCGUGAUGGCAGAUGAAGAAGUAACCGGGACCGGAGAGCCUCCUGCCAUGUCCACCCUGGCCGACGUGGUGCUUAUACUUGACGACGUGGUCGACCGUCCUCCAUAUUUCCACAACAAAAAUUACGCUUGCCACCUGAACGAGAACAGCGGUCAAGGGACGACAUUGGCGUUCACCGAUGGUUACGUGAUGCAAGUGCAUGACGACAGUAUGGGCAAGGAGUCUGUGUACGCGCUGACUUUGGAAAACAAUAACGGAACUUUUGAAGUGACGCCCGCCGUGAUUGAUAGACAUGGCCGGUUCACCAUUAUGGUGCGCAACAACCAUUUGUUGGACUUCGAGAGUAGCCGAUCGGUCCGUUUCGAGGUGUUGGCGACAGAGUUGUCCGUGUCCGGCGGAGACGCGAACCGCACGCGGACUUCGGCCAGGGCGUCUGUUGUUGUGUACUUGGACGACGUCAAUGACAACGCCCCUCGGUUCACGAGCGCCGAGUACGACGUCCAGUUGCCGGAGAACGCCACGGCCGGCGUCCGAGUGACCACAGUCGAGGCAGUGGAUUCGGACACCGGACCGUUUGGCAGCGUCCGGUACACGGCCGUGUUGGGCUACAAGAACUCGUCGUUGGUACUCGACCCGAUCACGGGCGUCAUCGUGGUGUCCAACGACAAUCACGGAUUCGACAGAGAGGAAUCCGCAGAGUACAGAUUAACUGUGGAAGCCCGUGACACGGAUGGAAGUGGCUUAGCGUCAACCGUGCCACUCAUUAUACACGUGUUGGACAUAAACGACGAAACACCGGUUUUCCAGGACACGCCGAUCCAAUUUGUCUUGACGCAAGAUAUGCGUAACUUCACAGAACGAGCUUUUAUCAAGGCUAUCGACAAUGACGCAGAAGCUCCGAACAACGUAGUGCGUUAUGAGAUAAUAAACGGCAACUACAACAAUCGCUUCACCCUGAAUCCAGAAACCGGAGAACUAUUCAUAUCCAGCGACUUGUACGAUUCGAGCCGGACCAGAAGGGAUUCGACAAACAGCGCGUUCGUCGUACUCACAGUCAGGGCUUACGAUUUAGGCGUGCCCCAUCGGUCGUCCACGACACAAGUGAGAAUUUAUCCACCGUCGUCCGGUGCCAGACAAAUGACGUUUCUCAUUCCCGCUUCGAUGGAUGUGGCGGCCGUGCACAAUCUGUUAGAACGCCUGACGGGCGGAAAGGUGACCAUCAAUUCGAUAAAGCCCAACUACGAACACGUCCAACGACCGGCUGCCAACACAGAAAAAAAUAUUGUGACCGCCACCGUCGCAUACAAUACGAAUACCGUAAUCGACGUAGAAGAGUUCCGCAAACACUUAGCCCAGUGCAGCAACGAAGUCCAAAUGGCCCAAGUGGAUAACCGCAACGAUAAAAAUCUGUCUUUCUGGUUGAAUUUAUUGUUAUUGCUAGCCAUAUUGUUGGCGGCCUUAUCACUGUUAUUUUGCUGUUGUUAUCAACAAUAUCUUCGAUGUAUUCACAAUAAACCCCACCGACAUGACCGUACUAAAAACAAAGGUAUUCAAGCGCCUUCUCCGAAUUCUAGCGAAUCGACCGAAAUCGACCCUCGGCAAAAGGUAUAUAUUUUGAGUGAGAAACCGGUUACUCCGAUCCGAAUAGCGAAAAGGACAAGGACGAAGGUGAUACCGAAUUUGGUUAAGAAAAAAGCGAGCGCAGAGUCAUUGCUCAUAGAGGACGUCGGAGGCAAUGAAUAUAGGAUCAUAGACAAACGGAGGUCUUGGUCCGACGAGACAACCGACACUAGACAAGAAAUGUUUUUCAAACAAGGCAACGCGGAAAUCUUACGUAUCAUGUCUAACGAUUCGUUGGAAGUAAUGGACUCGGCGUCCAAUGUGGGCGGAUUUAACGUGUUUGACGAAUUGGCCGGUAAAAAAGUAAUUAUGAACAAGUUUUUGAACAGUCAACCCGACGAGAUCGUAGUCGAUGAUCAAUACAACGAAAGCGUAAAAGGAAAUGUAGAGAAAACGCAAUUCGAAGAAGUAAAAAAAGAAGAUAUCGAUGAAGAACAAAAGAAAAUGACCGCAUUCCAAAGAGACGUGCUAUUGACCAAGUUUUUGGCGGAGGAACAACAAAAGUUGAUGACGAGACUGGAGACGAGGAGUUUGCCGGGAGCUAACAUGGCCACGCAGACGGAGAUGCACGCGGGCACACAGACGACUAGAUCGUGUUUGCGAGUCAGCGGCGGCGGUGGCGGCGUCGGUGGCAGGCGGAGUCGGAGUUACGACGACCGCGAGUGUUCUAGGUCUGCGCACUGUCCACGCCGGUCGACCAGCAUGCCUCGCAGACAAUUGUUCAACAGUCCGAUCAUGGAGGAGACGGGCAGCGGUUCGGGUGCCAGCAGCGGCUUGCGAUCGUCGUUGGCGGGACGCGGAGCCACGGGAACGGGAUCUGGAUCGGUAAUGGGUGGAUCGGGAUCGGUAGCUGGGGGAUCCGGAGUAGGGGCGAAAACGGCACCGGGGCGGCGGAGACUGUUUGCCACGUCGUCGGCGUCCUCGUUGUCGGCGGACGUGGCGGACGCGGAUAAGCGCAAGUCCCGGUCCUAUUCCAGUAUUCGGGAACUUGACCUAGACAGGCAGUUGCAGUACAUGACGCCAUCGCUCAGGUCUCGCGCCCUGGCCCGCAGACGGUUGUCCACGUCGUUGCCGCCACACGGCUGCAGGGCGCCAUACAGAUCUGCGCAAAUGUUGGAGAAGAAAAGCGUGUUCACCAUAGCGUACGGCGACGUGGCCACGCAGAAGAUCAACUGCAGCGCCGACUCGUCCUCCAAUAAUUGGGAAUGA